AUGUUUAACAUCUCGCCAGUGAACGAAAGCCUGAAGAAUGUGUCCGAAUUCGCAGGAAGUAUUCCUUCUAAGGCAGAAGGCAUCGCAUUGUGCAGUGCCUUCAUAUUAUCAUCUGUCUUUAUCAUUGCAGGAAACUUUCUCACUCUCGUUCUCUUUGCAGUUAGCAAAGCACUUCGUAAGAAAAGUUUCUUCCUAAUCACGAAUAUGGCGUUCGCUGAUCUGAUGCUGGGAGCCUUUACCAUGCCCUCUUACAUUUACUCAGUCGGAGUAUUCUUUCAGCUUUGGACAGCAAAAUAUGAUCAUUUGACAUUUGGAAUAUUCUUCACAGGUUUUGAUACCAUGUUUAUGCUCGGCUCGUAUCUAUCUGCAGCCUUUAUGUCCUGCGAGAGAUUCCAUGCCGUAUAUUGGCCGUUUAACCACCGAUCAUUAUCCACCAGAACAUACCGCAUCGUCAUUUGUAUACUUUGGACACUUGCUGUGUUUGUUUCCACGAUAGUAACUUUGUUGACGUUUUUUAUUUCAUUUGAAUCUAGUUUGUAUUUUUAUACUCCCGUUGUGUUGAGUCUAACAAUCAUUAUGUGUGUCUCAAACAUCGGAAUCUGGAAAAAUCUUCAACACCAAAGAGUUACCUCACAUCAUCAAAACAGAGCUCUGCAAAGGAAACGCUUAACAAAGACUUUACUUUUUGUAUCCAUGCUAGCUUUUCUAUGUUGGCUUCCCUUACUUAUCAUGAACGUUUUAAAAUAUCUAACAAAGACAACAAUACCAUGGAUGUUUUAUUUGAUGGUGAACAUUUUGAAUUAUUCAAACUCUAUUGUCAAUCCAGUUGUGUAUGCACUGAGAAUUCCUGAGUUUCAGCAAGCGUUGAGUAAAACUCUUUGUAGCCUAUUUAGAAGUACUGAAUUUCAGGAGGCGCUUCAUUUGCAAUCAGCAAUGAAGAUGGGACAAAUCGAAAGAAGAAACCGAUCGGCUGCACUCAAAACGCCGGAGAUAGAGCUAAGAAUAAAAAAAAUCAAUCCUAGUCGCCUACAAGAAGAGAUUGAACAAGGAGAUAUAGAAACUCAGUUUUAA